CAUUUUGAUGACAAGCUGCUUCUGAAAUAAUUUCAUUUUCAUAACAAAAUAAUAAUUAAAAAUAUUCUGUUUUAUUUUUUAAUUUAAUCGUCAAAAUUUUUAUGUUUAAAAUUAUUUAUUUAAAUUGAUUUUUAAUUGUUUGUUUUUUUUUCUUUAUAAUUUAUGUGUGUGUUUAUUUAUUUUUAAAUAAAUUCAAAAUGACAGACGUCACUUGAGCCAAAAUGGCUGACAUUUAAAAAAUAAAAAAAUCGCUCCGGUGUAAUAGUAAAAAAACUGAGGCAACUUGCCGGUUGGUGAUAUGAAAAUUAACGUUGACCUUCAGCGUCCUCAAGUCGAACGCAAACUCGCAUCGGUUUGACAUCAUCUCAAAGUAAAAUAUCUAAUUAUUACAAUUGUUUGAAUAAAAAUAUUUAUAUUUUUCAUUGUCACACAGUGAAUUAAAUUCUAUCGAGGAACUUAAUUGUCAAUAAAGAUGGCAUCAUCAGGAAAAUUACGUGUACAAGGUGCUGAAAGUCAGUUGGAUCAUAUGUGUACCCUUGACACUGAUUCACCAGCUGCAUUUUAUCGUUUAUCUGGAAUAAUUUGUACAAUUGGACCAGUAUCAAGAUCAGUUGAGAUGCUUGAAAAAAUGAUUGAAACUGGAAUGAAUAUUGCUAGAAUGAAUUUUUCUCAUGGUUCACAUGAAUAUCAUGCUGAAACAAUAGCAAAUGUAAGACAAGCACAAAAAAAUGUAUCAGCACGUACUAAAAUUGAUGUACCAGUUGCAAUUGCACUUGAUACAAAAGGACCAGAAAUACGUACUGGAUUAUUAGAAGGUGGUGGUUCAGCUGAAGUUGAAUUAGUUAAAGGACAAACAUUUAAAUUAUCAACUGAUAAAUCAAUUACUGAAAAAGGUAAUGCUCAAGGUGUAUGGGUUGAUUAUGAAAAUAUAUCAAAAGUUUUAAAAGUUGGUAAUCGUGUAUUUGUUGAUGAUGGUUUAAUAUCAUUAAUUGUAACUGGUGUUGCUGCUGAUGGUGUUAUAACAACUGUUGAAAAUGGUGGUACACUUGGAUCAAGAAAAGGUGUUAAUUUACCAGGUGUACCAGUUGAUUUACCAGCUGUAUCAGUUAAAGAUAAAUCUGAUUUACAAUUUGGUGUUGAUCAAGAUGUUGAUAUGAUAUUUGCUUCAUUUAUUAGAAAUGCUGAUGCAUUAACUGAAAUACGUAAAAUACUUGGUGAUAAAGGUAAAAAUAUUAAAAUAAUAUCAAAAAUUGAAAAUCAACAAGGUAUGACAAAUCUUGAUGAAAUUAUUGAAGCAUCUGAUGGUAUUAUGGUUGCACGUGGUGAUUUGGGAAUUGAAAUACCACCAGAAAAAGUAUUUCUUGCACAAAAAUGUAUGAUUAGUAGAUGUAAUAAAGCUGGUAAACCAGUUAUUUGUGCAACACAAAUGCUUGAAUCAAUGGUUAAAAAACCACGUGCAACAAGAGCUGAAACAUCAGAUGUUGCUAAUGCUAUUCUUGAUGGAGCUGAUUGUGUUAUGUUAUCUGGUGAAACAGCUAAAGGUGAAUAUCCACUUGAAUGUGUACGUACAAUGGCUAAUAUUUGUAAAGAAGCUGAAGCUGCUGUAUGGCAAAAACAAUUAUUUAAUGAUAUAUCAAAUAAAGCUAUUCCACCAAUUGAUGCAACACAUGCUGUUGCUAUUGCAUCUGUUGAAGCUGCUGCUAAAUGUCUUGCAACAGCUAUUAUUGUUAUAACAACAAGUGGACGUUCAGCUCAUCUUGUAUCAAAAUAUCGUCCAAGAUGUCCAAUUAUUGCUGUUACAAGAUUCCCAAGAAUUGCUAGACAAGCUCAUCUUUAUCGUGGUAUCUUGCCACUUUGUUAUGCAGAACAACCACAAGCUGAUUGGUUGAAGGAUGUCGAUAUUCGUGUACAACAUGGUGUAUCAUUUGGUAAAACACGUGGUUUUCUCAAGACUGGUGACACUGUUGUUGUUGUUACUGGAUGGAAACAAGGAUCUGGAUUUACAAACACUCUUCGCAUUGUCACCAUCGAAUAAAUUUGUCAAUCUGUGAUUGGCCCGACAAAGUUGCAGUGAACUACAACCAGCUGCUUUUAAAAUUUAUCAUUUUCUCGUUAAUAUUUAAACUUCAGUUAAUAUUAUUAAUUUAAAAAAAUGGUGUAUUGAGUUAAUGAGGGUUCAGCGUUUUUCUCAUACCAGAAUGAUGCUAGAUCUAAUGUUAGAUUCAGUAUUAUUACAAUUUUUCUUUCAUUGAUAUACCUAGAGUGUAUAUAUCUAAAUCUCAUUUAAUAAAAUGAUAAUAAUUUAACGUUGUAUUAUAUAGAACAAGAAAAUAGAAAGUACAAGUAUGAUGUUUUACAAACCCGAUUUAAAUUCAAUGUUCAAUAAACAAAUGAUAAACAGAAGAAUAUAAUUUUUGUUUUUUAAAUUUAUUUAUAAUAAUUAUUAUAUAAAUGUGUUGAUUGUUUAAAUUUUUUUUUAAAUUAAAUAGAAGAGAAAAAUACAAGCAAUGAUUGACAUUGAUUCAUCAAUUAUCAAUAAUGAUAAAACAAUGAAGAUUAAAAUAUUGAGUUUUAUUUUUUUCGUUAUGCAAUUUAUAAAUUAUUUAUUUAUUUAUUAAUAAUAAUACAGGUAAGAUUAAUUUGAUAGCAAUUAUUUUUUACUA